CAGACAUGCAUAAUCCAACAACUCUCUUACACCACGCUCCCACCCUUAGCUUUCCUCUUCUUUAAUUUCUGUCUCACUUUCAUCUCCAAACUCUUCUCUCUCACUAAAAUCACACACACACACACACUGACAUAUAUAUACAUACACACAGUUGCAUAUAUAUAUGUUUGGUAUGGCAGAAGUAGAGUAUCAAAACAAGCCAUACAACAGUACCACAACUACUGGGCGCUUAAAGCUCUUCGGUUUCAACGUCAUAGAAGAUCAAGAAGAGGUGGACUCCACAAAAACACCGUUGGGCUCGCCGGAAUCCGGCGGGUUUCCGGCGUCCGACGGCCGGAAGUACGAGUGCCACUACUGCUGCCGUGAGUUCGCCAACUCACAGGCGCUGGGCGGCCAUCAGAACGCACACAAAAAGGAAAGACAACAGCUGAAGCGCGCCCAAAUGCAAGCCAGCAGAAACGCAGCCGUAUCCUACAUACGCAACCCUAUGGUCUCCGCCUUCGCCCCACCGGCCCACCUCCUCGCCCCAGCCGGCUCUGUCGUGAUCCCGGCGGCUGCGGCGACGUCUCCGUCGUGGGUCUACGUCCCACGCGCGGCGCAGCCCUUGAACGUAUCGCAUGGUUGCGUUUUUCCUGCAUCGAGUGGUGGGAGGGGUAUAGGGAACUUAUCGUAUGCCGGCGGUGUAGGGGAAUCCGGCCUUAUAAAUGUUGGGCCUCAACAACAACCCGUGAAGGCCCAUAGUGGAAGAUUAGAUGGGCCUUCUCUGAGUAGAUUUUCGAGAGUGGAUGAUGGGCCCAGUUUCGAUGACGCAUUCGGCUUAGACUUACACCUAAGCCUAGCCCCAGCCGCGCCGUAAGUUUUGAGCAGUAAGAUUAGCUAGAAAGCCUCCGCUGAUUUCUCCCUGGUCGGGUUUUGUACAUUUUCCAGAUUUGUUUAUUUUUUAUCAAGGGAAAUUUAUUACAUGCAGCUGCAGGGGUUAGUUUACGAUAUUCCAGUCGGAAUUUAUGGGCUCCACCACUUUGUAAAUUGUUUGUUUGAUUGACGUUGGAUGUACAUUUAUUUUUUUUUUUAAACUGAAAAA